AUGUCUACUCAGGUAUACGAUCGAUGGUUGAAGGACGCUGAGCCCUGGGCUCCAGAAGACGACUGGAACCCAGAAGAAUAUCUCAAAUGGGUGAUCCGCCUCACUGAGGCAAAAGCUACACUGGACGAUAAAUUUCUUGAAGUUGAUCAAUGGCUUCUCAAUCAGUCGUUCGCCAUGGCAAAGAAACACCACGAUGAGGUCAUGAAGCUUCGACCCAAGGAUGACUGGGGUAACGUCAACAACACGGAUAUCUCCAAGCUCUUCCUUCGACCAAUCAUUGCCUACCAUUACUAUCAGAGGUCCACGUUUGAAGAGAUACCAGAGAAAUCUCUUGUCAAGCGUGUGCAGGCGCAUUUGUCGGCCCUGGAGAUCCCGAUGUUGGAUUUGGAUGUAGCACAGAUGCUGCAGUACGCGGCCGACAAGGUGCCCAUUGAGGAAGCUGUUGAGAAGGGGAUUCGCGACUACGUAAAGAAGAUUAGGCUGAGCCAGCCUGUCUAUGAUGCCUUUAUGGCUGAUGGAAUAAGGUAUAACACCAGUACCUUUGUGAAUAAGCUCCAGCAAACUAGAGUCAAUGGUGGUCCCGUAGACCGUUCAAAGAUCGAGGAGAUAUUCAGAUAUAUCAACAAAUUGGAGGAAGAAGAUGGUCGAAGUCUUUGGAAAGACGACAAACUGAAUUCAAUUAAGGCCGCUUUGGAUAACGAAAACAAGAUGGAGAUGUUCUUGCGACGGUGUGCAGAGCCGAUGGUCAGGGCUGAAUUGGGCGACAGUCAUGCAGCGACAGCACUCGAGGUACUCAUCGACGCUGGAGAAUUGAAGACUCUGCUGGGUCUUGCAGUAAAGCAGGAGAAGGAGCAGUGCUCAUGGGAAACUACCAUCGGUCCAGCUGUCAAGGCUAUCAAAAGACUUGGAAGGACAAGUGCAGGAAAGGACAUGGAAAGAUUGGCUGAAUAUGCCAAGGCACAUCAGAAGCCUGUGGCUGUCUAG